AUGUCGGAGCUUCGCCAACGACCCAAUGCGAUAGGUUCUGGCUCUAGCCAGAGCCAAGAAACCCCCGCGCGAGGCCAGAAGGUCCACGCUGAUGAAAACCGGGGCAUCAGCGUCUUGGACAUCAUCCGCGUGCUCGUAACCCUCGUCCUCGCAAUCCUGGGUCUCUCAUACUACACCACCAAUGGAGAAUCCUUUUUGUGGGGAUACCGCCCUUGGUUCACACGAUUGCCGGUCGUGAUGAAUUACCUGGUAAGCAAAUAUCUCGCAGCCAUGGAGAUGGACAAUUCACUCAACAGCUCUCUCCCCCUCUCGCAGACCGGACCUGUCAACCUCACACCGGCCCAACUAUCCCUCUACAACGGCAGCGACAAGAACCUCCCAAUCUACCUCGCCGUCAACGGCUCCAUCUUCGACGUCUCCGCCAAUCCCAGGAUGUACGGUCCCGGCGGGGCCUACGGGUUCUUCUCAGGGCGCGACGCCACUCGCGCCUUCGUAACAGGCUGUUUCAAAGAAGACCUAACGCCAGACCUGGUCGGCGUGGAGCAAAUGUUCCUGCCAAUCGAGGACGUCGAGGGCGAGAACUUGUCGAGCGCGCAGAAGAAGGUGCGCCGAGAGAGGGAGAUGAGGCUCGCGCGGGCGCAGGUGGACGGUGCGGUUGCGCGCUGGGAGAAUUUCUUCCGCAAUCAUGGGAAAUAUUUCCAGGUUGGGCGGAUUGUGGACUAUGAAUCGUAUAAGAAGGACGAUCCUCAAGUUGGGAAGCGAGUGCUCUGUGAGAGCGCGGAGAAGCAGCGGCCAAAGAGGAGUGAGACGGGGCAUUUGUAG